CCCAGGCUAGCUAGCCGGUUAGCUUCCUCUGCUGCAUUUACCUCAUACUUCGGGGUGAAAAAUUAAGCAACGGCCGUGCCACCCCGUUAUCACCGGCUUAUCUGACAGUCGCAAUGCCGGUCCACCCACGGGAGAAGAAAGAAAGCAACCACGAGGAAAUGGAGGUGGACUUUCCCGAGCAAGACGGCAGCAGCACAGACGAGGAGGACACCGUGAGCUCGUCCGUGUCUGAAGAUGGAGACAGCUCGGAGAUGGACGAUGAAGACUGCGAGAGGAGGAGGAUGGAGUGCCUGGAUGAGAUGACCACACUGGAGAAGCAGUUCACUGACCUGAAGGAACAGUUGUAUAAGGAGCGCCUGAGCCAGGUGGAUAUCAAGCUGCAGGAGGUAAUGGCCGGUUGUGCCCAGGAGUAUCUGGAACCUUUAGCCAACUUGCAGGAGAACAUGCAGAUCAGGACCAAAGUGGCCGGGAUCUACAGGGAGCUGUGCUUGGAGUCAGUAAAGAACAAAUAUGAGUGUGAGAUCCAAGCAGCGUGUCAACACUGGGAGAGUGAGAAGUUGCUGCUGUUUGAUACUGUGCAGAGCGAGUUGGAGGAAAAGAUUCGAAGAUUGGAGGAAGACAGACACAGUAUUGACAUUACCUCAGAGUUGUGGAAUGAUGGAUUGCACUCACGGAAGAACAAGAAAAAGGACCCGUUCUGCCCGGUCAAGAAGAAAAAGCCUGUUGUUGUUUCUGGGCCUUAUAUUGUUUACAUGCUGCAAGACCUGGAUAUUCUUGAAGACUGGACUGCAAUAAGAAAGGCAAUGGCAUCGCUUGGGCCACACAGGGUGAAGGUGGACGUGCCUGCAGUAAAACCUGACAGACAUCACCACGUAGCACGCUCUGAGGAUGGCCGACUUUUCUAUGACAACCAGUGGUACUGCAGGGGACAGGCCAUCUGUAUCAACAGGAAGGACGAGUACCCAACUAGCGCCGUCAUCACCACCAUCAACAAUGAUGAAGUGUGGUUCAAACGACUGGAUGGUACCAAGUCAAAGCUGUACAUCUCCCAGCUGCAGAAAGGCAAAUACACUAUCAGACACUCGUAAAUGAAAACCACACGCCCACAUACAGAAACUAUCAUCUCUGCUGUCUUUCUCUUUGUCUCCUUUUCCAUGUGGUAUCAUUGUACAUUCUACUACUACUACGCACAGACACACACACACACACCUCACUUCACUCCUUCUGUGCACAAGUUACAAAAAUAUUAGCUGACCCUUCUGCUAUAAGGAGACGAUCUUCUCUGUAAAUAUGUAUAUGUAUUUUAUCGACAAGGUCACAAAGUGUCAUUUUCUCUGGAAUGGAGAUCAAUGCAAAGUGCUGCUAAAUAGAAAGGUGAAGAACCAGAGCAUUAGCAAACUGUGAACCGCAGAGCUCAGUCGCGUGCCUUUCUGAGACUAGACAAUGCCUCGGCUGAUGGAGGGGUAAAAAAGAAAAAGUCCUGAACAAUAUCAGUGCAUUGAAGCCAUACUCUGUACUGGGUUAGCACCGGGAGGAAUGAAGCGGGUCAGCAAAUGUGUGAGUGAGAAACCCUAACGCAGGUGAGGAUGCCAUCAGCAGUGUGUUUGAUUUGCCUCUCCAGACGCACCAGUUAGACUUGAAUUUCAUGCUCGCGCAGAGCCUAAUAGAUUUGUAUUGGGUUCCCCAAGGACCCCAGACCAACUUUGAUUUAGUUAAAAAGUGUAACAGAAUCAAUAUUAAGUAAGUAGUUAUAUUGUGAACAUGAUGAGAUUUUAAAGUACCCCAGAGGUUUGCUGAAACCCACUCGGGGGGGAGCAACUGUACUAAACGAUCUCUUGAUCUUUUAGUGUAAUUUUUUUUUUUUUCCAGCACUACAUUUUUUUUUUUUUUUUUAAAGUCUAAAUCAAGGCCGGCCCCGUGCAGUAAGGAAAACACGACAGUUUAAAUUUACAGUAAAGGGAGCUGCCCUGUAUAUACAGACAUCUGUGUGGUUUGUGGUUUGUGAUUCUUCUGUCUCCUGUCAUGUUGCCAUUUGUCUGAGAGAACCUCUUUUAAAGUGGAAGCCAGGCUUUAGUUUUAAAGAAGAAGAGAAAAAAAAAAAAAAAGAACCUCCACCGCCCAGGUUUGAGCUGCUUUUUUUAUGUGGUGGUGGUGGUGGAGUCACGAAAGCCUCAAAUCUGUAAAUCAUAGUGCCAUUUUCAGCAAUUUUUUUUUGUUGUGUUCCCCAUCCUCUCUUUGUGUCUUUUAUGUCACCCCUCUGUCCUUAUUCGCACUGUCUUCUUCUUUGCUGUAAGUAAAACUGUUCCUCAACAUUGAUGUAUUCACAGUAGGGAAUUUUUAAUUUUUUUUUCUAAUUGUGCGUGUGUACGAUCCAUCCUAUCAAAUGUUUCUUUGUAUGUGUAAAUUAGAUUUGAUUGACUGAAUGAGAUCCUUCUCUGCAUUGCGUUUAUCAGGCUUUUUUUUUUAAUCAUUGCAAACAUGUUUUUAAAUGAUUACUUGGCAACAGUAUUGUAAAGAGAGGUGCUUGCAACAUAUAUCAAAGAAAAAUAAGUAUGUGAAGCCUUUGUGGCAUCAACUGAGUUGAAGUUUUGAUGGUCUUGUUUUUCAUUUCUGUUCUUUUUUUAACCUUUUUUAUGCAUCAUGUUUCUUUUUUCACAU